AGGAGGAGGAGGGACCGGAGGAACCGUCUCUUGCACAUAUGCACACACACACACACACACACUCACACACGUUCUCUGUCGUCCCAGUUCCAGUCUUCAGUGCUCUCUGGAGAGGCUGCCCUGGGGUUCUGGCUGUAGCCGUCCUGUCUGCUGCUUCCUCUCUCCUCUCCCUCCCAGAGCCCAACUGCUGUCAUGUUGUGCCCUGCCAAGGAGGAGGGAACUGCAGUGACAGCAGGAGUGAGAGGCAGGACAGAGUUGUGGGGCACGGAGUGGUAUGGAGAGGGAGAUGCUGAGACCAGGUGACAGUGAGACACAGAGAGAGGGCUAAGGAAUAGGGUGAGGGCUGUUGAGAGUCUGGGGGAAGAGUAGAAACUAAAAGGAGUAGCAAGAAGACAGGACUUGUGGGUCACAGCCACUCAGCCAUGCUGGGAGCAAAGCGACUCUGGCUACCAGGUCUUGCCCCCAACCCCUGGUUGCCCUUGGCCCUGAUGCUUCUGGCCCUGGGGACCGGAUGGGCCCAGGAAGGGUCGGAGCCUGUUCUCCUGGAGGGCGAGUGCCUGGUGGUCUGUGAGCCCGGCAGGGCUGCUGCAGGGGGGCCUGGAGGAGCAGCUCUGGGAGAAGCGCCGCCCGGAAGAGUGGCAUUUGCUGCAGUUCGGAGCCACCACCAUGAGCCAGCAGGGGAGACGGGCAACGGCACCAAUGGGGCCAUCUAUUUUGACCAGGUCUUGGUGAAUGAGGGCGGUGGCUUUGAUCGCGCCUCAGGUUCCUUCGUGGCCCCUGUCCGAGGUGUCUACAGCUUCAGGUUCCACGUGGUGAAGGUGUACAACCGCCAAACCGUCCAGGUGAGCCUGAUGCUGAACACAUGGCCUGUCAUCUCAGCCUUUGCCAAUGACCCUGAUGUGACCCGGGAGGCAGCCACCAGCUCUGUGCUACUGCCCCUGGACCCCGGGGACCGGGUGUCUCUGCGCCUUCGUCGGGGGAACCUGCUGGGUGGCUGGAAAUAUUCAAGCUUCUCUGGCUUCCUCAUCUUCCCACUCUGAGGGCUCAAGCCUUUCAAGAAUGGGAAUCCAGCCCCUGACCUCUGCCCUCUGCCCUCCCCUGCCCCAGAAGCAACAUCUUUGGGGCAGGAGAAAGGCUCCCUCUGGCUGCCUGAAUUCCACCUUCUUGCAUGGGAUCUUGUGCCAA